CCGUCAGCCGCCGACGUAACGCCGUCCAGCUGAGCCGUUAAAGCUGAGCGUGAGCUGUCUGGCUCCGCUGCUGGUGGAACGCGGAGAAAAAUCGCGGCGGGCUAUCGUUCGCUCCGACGCGAACGCAGAAACCGGCCCGAGGAAGUGGUGGCGGCGGACGAGGAGAGGCGGAGGAGGUAGAGGAGUAGGAGCAGCAGGAGGAGGACAAGAGAGAACGAAGAGAGGUGCCGGAGGACCGGAAAAGCAGCGCGCGACGGGCCGAGUAUAAUAUCGGGGUGAGCGGGACGUCGUGGACGCCUCGGCGCGGUAAGCGCCUGGUUCUGUCGUGUCGUAUUGUGGCGUGUCGUGGCCGUGAUCGUGAUCGUGUCGUGGUGUCGUGCGCGGUCAAGUCAGCCCGGAGAGUGUUCCCGAACCCCCGUAGUCUCGCUCCCGCUCGUCCGUCCGCGUCGCGUCAAGGACGGCCAACUUCACUCGUUUCUCGAGGAUUAUCCCUGUCCCAUCGUCCUUGUCCCCGUUUACGUCCUUCAAGCCAUCGUAGUCGCGCUAUCCUUUCGUAGUUCGUUCCACCGGUGCAACAAGAGUGAAAAGACUAGCCAGGGCGAAGAAUUGUCAAUCGAGGGAGGAUACGCGAUCUUCGCCGCAAACGUCAACUGCUGCUGACUUCUGCUACCACUGCUGGGACAGUAUGGCGGGACAGACGAUCAACGACAGGCUGUUGGCCGCGAGGCACAGUAUUGCCGGCCAGGGCCUCGCCAAGUCCGUUUGCAAGGCCACCACGGAGGAGAUGAUCGGUCCCAAGAAGAAGCAUCUCGACUAUUUAAUCCAUUGUACCAAUGAACCGAAUGUCUCCAUACCGCAGCUCGCUAAUCUCCUGAUAGAACGUUCACAGAAUACAAACUGGACGGUAGUCUUUAAAGCCCUGAUCACCGUGCAUCACAUGAUGUGCUAUGGCAACGAGAGGUUCACGCAAUAUCUCGCGUCCAGCAACAGCACGUUUCAACUUAACAAUUUUCUCGACAAGAGCGGCGUACAAGGUGAUUAUUUUGUAAAUAAUCCAGGAAUACGUGUGGGAUAUGACAUGUCGCCCUUCAUCAGGCGCUACGCCAAGUAUCUCAACGAGAAGGCUCUCUCCUACAGGACAGUAGCGUUUGACUUUUGCAAGGUGAAAAGAGGGAAGGAAGACGGUACUCUACGCACAAUGAAUGCUGAGAAACUCCUGAAAACUUUGCCGGUACUGCAGUCGCAACUCGACGCACUACUGGAAUUUGAUUGCACGGCUAAUGACCUCACGAAUGGCGUCAUAAACAUGGCCUUCAUGCUCCUCUUUCGAGAUCUUAUCCGGUUAUUCGCCUGCUAUAAUGAUGGCAUCAUUAAUUUGUUAGAGAAAUAUUUUGACAUGAACAAGAAACAAUGUCGGGAUGCUUUAGAUAUUUAUAAGAAGUUCCUUAUACGCAUGGAUAGGGUCGGGGAAUUUCUGAAAGUUGCGGAAAAUGUUGGUAUCGAUAAAGGAGACAUACCAGAUCUGACGAAGGCACCGAGUAGUUUAUUGGAUGCUUUAGAACAACAGCUCGCUUUCUUAGAAGGAAAGAAGGGCUCCGCCGCGAACACGCCAACACAAUCAGCAAGUAACGCGUUCGGCACAGCAGCCAGCAAUGCGCGGCUCGAGCAAACCGGGAAUGGCCACAUCGACGAGGCGUUACGACAGCAAGCUCUCGCGGAAGAGGAAGCUGCCAUGAAUCAAUACAAGGCAAAAGUACAAUCGCCGUCAAGUACUAGCACGAAUCCCUUCCUCAGUUCGCCGACCAAUAAUGCUAAUCAACCGAUUGUGGACUUAUUUGGUGCAGCAUCAGCCGAGAACCAGUCGUCUCAAAAGGCAUCGGAUGAUCUACUGCAGUUAGCGGGCAAUCCGUUCGCGAACAUGUUCGGAGCGCAACCAGCUUCAGGAACGACGCAACCCGCUGCUCAAAUGCAGAACAACAUGUGGAUGACCAACGGUACUGCUGGCGCCCCAGGAACGGCCGCGUCCGUACCUAAUCCCUUUAUGUCCGAUUUCCCAUCCCUCGGUACCACCGGCGGCCAGCAGGCGACGAACGCGGGUGCCUUCGGGCUCUUCGAUCAGAACGCCGGUGGCGUUGUUAGCGGUGAAUCGGUACAAGGAGCGCAAACGGUAGCAGCCGGAGACCUUUUCAGUGCCGGUCAGACGGAUCUCUUUGGGGGUGACGGGUCCGCCGCUGCGAUGAGGACACCCGCAAACGGCGGCGACGGGGAUGCUGCGGCGGCCGAGGUGGUGGCGUCGGCGGCGCCUUCAGCCGCCGGCAAGACAUCGUCCACGGCUACGCCGCCACCUAGACCACCGCCACCCGCGACCGCCGUUGCUGCCGCGAACGGUGCCGCACCGCGUGCACUGUCUCCGACACACGGAGCGUCACAUGGUAGGCCAGCGGUGGCGACGGCGCCAACAGCGGCAGCGGCCCCGGCCCCUUCUGCUGGCAAGAGCGCCUUCGAUGAUCUCAACGAUAGUAUCCGUAUGGCACUGGGUGGGUCUCCGUCGCGGCCGGCACCCAUGGUCCAGCAGCAGCAAGCUGCAAUGACCGCCCAACAGCAGCCGUUGCAACAACAAAUGCCGCCGGCUGCGGCGGCAGGCGCCGGUAUGUUCGGCAUGAAUGACCCCGCGACCGGGCAACCCAUGAUGGCCGGUGCGCCGAUCGUCGGCUAUGGUAUCCCUACCCAAGCCCAAGUCCCCGUGGGGUACGGUUCGCCGGCAAAGCAGCCGAUGUCAGCUGGGCAACCGGUCGGUGCAGCCAACACCGGCAAAGUCCUGACCGGAGAUUUGGACAGCAGCUUAGCUAGCCUUGCGCAAAACUUGACCAUCAAUAAGAGCGCACAGCAGCAAGUCAAAGGAAUGCAGUGGAACUCACCUAAGAAUGCCGCGAAAACGGGCGGUCCAGCCGGCGGAUGGUCACCGCAGCCAAUGGCAGCUACUACUGGUGCUGGAUAUCGUCCCAUGGGCCAAGGAAUGACGCAACUGCUACCUACAACCACCACAACUAUAGGUUUCCCCUCGCAGCCUGCGAUAAUGGGUAUGCAAGGUAUGCCGAUGGGUAUGCAGGGUAUGCAGGGUAUGAGGCCGAUGAUGUGUACUAUCCCAGGUGCUUCCGCUGCCGGUGGCGGUAUGAUGGUUGCGGGAGGAGCUGCGCCUAUGAUGGCCAUGCCCGGUGCGAAUCCUAUGAUGACCGGUCCUAAUUUACAGCAACAACAACCUCAACCUGCUGCAGCAGCUCAGCCACAAGGCAAUGCUGUCCAACUCGAUCCUUUUGGUGCUCUGUGAAGGGAUUAGGAUUCCAAAUGGAAUUAAGAAGAUGGAGCAACAUUUUGUAAAUAUCGUGUAAUAUGCCUAGAAAGAAAAGAAACAAAGCUAAUGUGUCCCGCUUUUUUCUGUUAGACCCAAUCAAUCUUGAUUGUCACUCGAAUCGUCUCACUAUAAAUAGGAGUCGAUAAAUUGUAUCAUACUUCCUGUAAUAUGCUCGCCGAGUAUGCAACACAUGUUAUUCCGAUAUAGCGUCCUUCCCACGAGCAUU